AUGGUAAAGGUUGUUUGUGGCUUAUGCGAUGACAUGACCCACCGGUCCUCCUCCCCCCUGGGGAGCUCGCUGGCCAGCACCGCACAGGGCCCACCGGUCCUCCUCCCCCCUGGGGAGCUCGCUGGCCAGCACCGCACAGGACCCACCGGUCCUCCUCCCCCCAAGGGAGCUCGCUGGCCAGCACCGCACAGGACCCACCGGUCCUCCUCCCCCCUGGGGAACUCGCUGGCCAGCACCGCACAGGACCCACCGGUCCUCCUCCCCCCUGGGGAGCUCGCUGGCCAGCACCGCACAGGACCCACCGGUCCUCCUCCCCCCUGGGGAGCUCGCUGGCCAGCACCGCACAGGACCCACCGGUCCUCCUCCCCCCUGGGGAGCUCGCUGGCCAGCACCGCACAGGACCCACCGGUCCUCCUCCCCCCUGGGGAGCUCGCUGGCCAGCACGGCACAGGACCCACCGGUCCUCCUCCCCACUGGGGAGCUCGCUGGCCAGCACCGCAUAGGACCCACCGGUCCUCCUCCCCCCUGGGGAGCUCGCUGGCCAGCACCGCACAGGACCCACCGGUCCUCCUCCCCCCUGGGGAGCUCGCUGGCCAGCACCGCACAGGACCCACCGGUCCUCCUCCCCCCUGGGGAGCUCGCUGGCCAGCACCGCACAGGACCCACCGGUCCUCCUCCCCCCUGGGGAGCUCGCUGGCCAGCACCGCACGGGAGCGCAUGGGGUUGUGCCAAUUGUUUGCCGCAGUCUUUCUUCGCCGAUGGUCUCUCAUGGCGACCCAAAGCUAUGGUAGUUGCCUCGCACCGAUUUACUGCGACCAGAGGUAA